CCCGCGCGCCCCGCCCCUCGCUGCCCGGGAGCGCGGAGAAGGCGGAAGAGCGGCGUCCGCGCCUGGGGCCAGGUUCCCGGUGGUCCGUGCAGCCAAGCAAUUGAUAAGCGCGUUACUAUGAGUCUGUUAAACUGUGAAAACAGCUACGGAUCCAGCCAGUCAGAAAGUGACUGCUGUGCUGCCAUGGCCAGCUCCUGCAGCGCUGCGGUAAAAGAUGACAGUGUGAGCGGGACGACCAGUACCAGCACAGGGAACCUCUCCAGCUCGUUCAUGGAAGAGAUCCAGGGGUAUGAUGUCGAGUUCGACCCGCCCCUGGAAAGCAAGUACGAGUGCCCCAUCUGCUUGAUGGCUCUGCGGGAAGCAGUGCAGACGCCAUGUGGCCAUAGGUUCUGCAAGGCCUGCAUCACCAAAUCAAUACGGGAUGCAGGUCACAAAUGUCCCGUUGACAAUGAAAUACUGCUGGAAAAUCAGCUAUUUCCUGACAAUUUUGCAAAACGAGAGAUUCUCUCUCUCACGGUCAAGUGUCCAAAUGAAGGUUGUUUACACAAGAUGGAACUGAGGCAUCUGGAGGAUCAUCAAGCACAUUGUGAGUUUGCUCUUAUUAAUUGUCUCCAAUGCCAACGCCCCAUUCAAAAAUGCCAGCUUAAUAUUCACAUCCUCCAGGAUUGUCCAAGGAGACAGGUUUCUUGUGUAAACUGUGCUGUAUCCAUGGCAUUUGAAGAAAAAGAGAUCCAUGACCAGAACUGCCCUUUGGCAAAUGUCAUCUGUGAAUACUGCCACACCAUGCUCAUCAGAGAACAGAUGCCUACUCACUAUGAUCUAGAUUGUCCUACGGCCCCAAUCCCCUGCGCCUUCAGUACUUUUGGUUGCCAUGAAAAGAUGCAGAGGAAUCACUUGGCACGACACCUACAGGAGAACACCCAGUCGCACAUGAGAAUGCUGGCCCAGGCUGUUCAUAGUUUAAACCUUGCUCUAACUCCCGUGCCUCCGCGGGACAUGCUGCCGUAUGACCCUGCCUCUCUGUCCCGGGCCUCCUCCGGGUGCCACGCAGAGGUCCAGAAUUUCCAGGAAACCAUUCAACAACUAGAGGGUCGCCUUGUGAGACAGGACCAUCAAAUCCGGGAGCUGACCGCUAAAAUGGAAACUCAGAGUGCCUACGUAAGUGAGCUGAAACGAACUAUUCGAUCCCUCGAGGACAAAGUCGCGGAAAUUGAAGCACAGCAGUGCAAUGGGAUUUACAUUUGGAAGAUUGGCAACUUCGGGAUGCACUUAAAGUCCCAAGAAGAGGAGAAGCCUGUUGUCAUUCAUAGCCCGGGAUUCUACACAGGCAAACCUGGGUAUAAACUGUGCAUGCGCCUGCACCUUCAGUUACCGACCGCUCAGCGCUGUGCAAACUACAUAUCCCUCUUUGUCCACACGAUGCAAGGGGAGUAUGACAGCCACCUCCCCUGGCCCUUCCAGGGCACGAUACGCCUUACAAUUCUCGAUCAGUCUGAAGCACCGGUAAGGCAAAACCAUGAAGAGAUAAUGGAUGCCAAACCAGAGCUGCUUGCCUUCCAGCGGCCCACAAUCCCACGGAACCCGAAAGGUUUUGGCUAUGUAACGUUCAUGCACCUGGAAGCCCUAAGACAGAGAACCUUCAUUAAGGAUGACACAUUACUAGUGCGCUGUGAAGUGUCCACGCGCUUCGACAUGGGGGGCCUUCGAAAGGAAGGGUUUCAGGCACGCAGUACUGAUGCGGGGGUGUAGCAGCCCUCCAUUUGUUUGGAAAGAAGGACUAUGGAAAAAGCGCCUUAUGUUUGAGAAAAAUACGCAAACAGACAUAAAGAAACAUCGGGGAAGAGCUAGUACCAGUGAAUGUUCUCGAAGAGAUCACUUGCCACAUCUUCCUGUCGCACAUAUCUAAGGCUGUUUCUCCUGGGGAAUCCACAUACUUCAUACUUUUUCAGAAAUGUUACGUUUGAAGUACCUUUGGCAACAGCAUCUACUUUGUCAGUGUACCUCUUUGUUGAACUUCCAUGGUCAUUUGCCCCACUGUGUUUUGGUGUCAAAAACAAAAAACAAACAAACAAAAACCCAGAUACGUAGUGCUAAAGCUCAAACCAUUGAUAAUAAUGGGUUUUGCUUAAAAAGUGGCUUAUUUUUAUGGCACUGUAUGAGCUAUGUUAAAUGUGAGAUCACUACUGCCUGUACUAGUGCCAGUGGAGGAGUGAGUGCACUGGAAAGUUAAGUUCUCAUGUUUUUUUGACCUCCUAUGGAUUUCAGAGGAUUUUAACCAGAAUCCUUAGAAACCUGAAGUUCUCAUUCACCGUGUUUCUUCCCUCCUGAUGUUUACUGAUACUCGGGGACUAGUUUAAAUCCGGAGUGUGGCCUUCUUGAGUGUAAACAUGUUGUCUCUUAAGUAACUUGUGUAAGCGUUUCAUCCUGCCUUGCUUACGUAUUUCCUGAGGCCACAGAGCGGUAUCUUCUCCAGGGUUUAUGCUGCUGAGUCCCACAUAGCCCCCAGCGGCCCAGCGUUGCUCUGUGCAUCCCUUUUGGUGUGUUCAGUAGAGAACAAUUCCACAGCCCUGCCGUGUCUUCGGUUUGUUUGGUGCUCCCCAAAUCACAAACAUAAAAAUUAAAAGCGAUUGGACUAAUUAACCACUGUGACAUCUGACUGGUGAUAACACUGCCCUCUGGUUUUACUUUGGUGGAAUAAAGUUGAUUUCCUAAAAUGAGAUUUUUUUUAAAUUUAGGCAGUCUUUGGAGGUACCAGAGAAACCACUAAACCAAGGUUGGAAGUCAUAAUGGUUAUAUCACAACACACCCUCGCAUGAGUAGGUUGCUCUAGUUCAUUAGGUUCCAAGGAGGGUUCUAUAGAAUGUGUUGAAGUGAGCACAUGUUCCUUAUAGGGAGAAGAGAUUUAUGUGCUAUUGUGUAUUUGUUAAAACCCCAUGCAUAAUAAAAUAUUAUGGUGUCUAGUUUUCAGGUAGUCAUAUAACUAGUAUGAUUAUUUACAAAGAAGUGAAAGGACCCACCCGCUGCUGUUUUACACAAGAUUGUAUUCAAAGUGUCUGGUCAUGAGAAAUGGAAUUAUAUCUCCCAAGAGCCCAAAUCAGAACUCCAGCCAGCAUUCAAGAUCUAUCUUAAUUUCAAGGGGAAGCUCAGAGUCCUUGUAUGUGGAGGGGAGUCUUAUUUUCCAUUCCAAGUAACUCUAGCAAGUGUCGUUGUGACCUUUCCGUGUAUUUCUCUCCCUAUCCCCUUCAUGCUCUGUCCCGCGUUAAGGCUCUUGCUGUGGUUAGAGAGUGACAGUAAAGGUCAGGAAAAGCCCUUGUUCCCUGCACCGUGUGAAUACCACCGGCUCAUUACCAGUUACCAGUUUAUUUCCUGCCAGGUUGUGCCCCUUAGCUGUUUUUCCCAAACAGCUCCUGAGAAUCAUUGCAGCACUACCCGCUAAGUAGGGAAGCCUGUGCUGCUGCUAUUCCUGUAAUUGUUUUUCAGUGAGUAAGUAAAUUCCAUUUUAAAAGUAAGCAGUAGUCAUUUUUGUAUGUACACAGAAAAAGCCUGAAAGAAAUAUCAUAAAUUACUAUGGGUGGCUUAUUUUUUGUGCAUUCUUGCACUUUUUACAUUUUCUGCAAUAAACAUGUACUUUUAUCAGAAAAUUCAUUGUUGCCAGAAAGCAUCAACUUCCCAUUUGAAAAAGGAAGUGAUAUUUAAAAGCUUCCUGGUUAAAUUUCUAUUAAAAGCCUGUCUCUGCGUGAGGUACUAAGAGGAGUCAUUUCCUGCCCUCGUGUUAUUUUUAUUUAUUUAUUUAUUUUUUGCCAAUUCAGAAACCCGAGAACCAGCUUUUUGCCUGACUUUAACUUUUCACAGCUUCAAGCUUCCCAUCUGUGAAAUACGUUGGACUGAAUGUUCCUAAGGUGCCCUCCAACCAUAAAAUUCUAUCUUACGAAAUUGAAUUUUAACCCCAAGAAUGUUGAUACUGCCUGUCAAAGAAUUGCUUCAGCCUUCUCUCGGCUAACACUGAUCUUAGUGUCCAUCAGCUGGGGCAGCUCUUCCUUACAGCGAGCAAUUUUUAUAAUUCCCAACCCUCAGCAUUUUGUAAUAAACCAGUUAUUUUACUGUAGUCAGUACUGAUGAUGAUGUGGAUACAGAAGAGACCCAGUUGUUCAGCAGUCAUUCAAAUAGAAAAGUUCUUGAUAAAGUGCAACUUGGAAUCAAGUCUUAACCUAGAAGCUGGUAUCUUCUUUAUAUUUGAAUCUCCUCCCCUAUUAAACAUGCUACUUUCACCUGUUAAGUCUACAAGCAUUUGAGCUGGGAAUUAUAUUCCGUUCACCAUCAUUUAACAUAGUCAUCUUUGCCAUCGUUAAUUUUUUCUAAUUGUUUACUGUUUUUCCCCCGUUGUGCAGCCCUAUGUUGUAAUUCAAACAUUUUGCUCUUACAAAACAAUUCUGGAUGCUUGUUCUUUAUUAGUUUAUUACUGUCCUUCGUUGCGGCAAUAGUGGUUUCCAGCUAUACUAAAAAUGUAAUUUGGCUUUUAUUUUGGGGAGGAAUAGUACAAAAAAAGUGAAUUAGAAGGAAAGGUGGGGUUUUGUUACCCUAAUGAUGGACAAUAGUGAUGUUGGGUAAUCUCUAGCAGUUAAUGUUUAUGACGGUAUAAAUUACUUUCUUGGGUACUGGUUCUAUGCCAGUAAGUCUCAGGCAAACUAAGAACCUUCUUAUGAAUCAUGCAUGCAAUUAGAGUACCUGCUCCUUACCAAGGAGUAAUUGCUUGUCAUCCCCUUUUCCAGGGAUUCCUCAACUCUCUGGUAACCAAAAAACAUUUUAAUUAUUAGAUUUUUCUAACCUAAGGCUCUGAAGUACAUUUCUUUUACACAUACUUGGUUGCUAACACAGCUCUGCUCUUGGCUGUCCUCAAUUAAAUUCUGUUCAUUGUUUUAUAUAAAAUGUCAUUAGGUAUCUUGUAUGUGUCUGAUGCCUAGUUCCCUAGAAGCCUUGAGGAAAAAGGAAUGGUAAUUUAUAUUUUCUUUUGAAAUAUUCUUUUUAAAUUCUCAGACUCCCACGGUAGCUUGUAGCUAGCUUCACGGGUGCCGUCACUGUAUCUUUAAAAUGAAUUAGCACUUCCAGACUCCCCGUAUCCAGGAAGACGGUCUCAUGCAAAGAGUGUGAAUGUAUCUCAGCAAAUGGUAACCCAGUGUACAGCUUUCACAUUGAGUCGAAGACUGACGCGUGGAAGAAAAUGCCUAGUUGUUUCACUAAACAUCUCCUAUGUGUUAAAGUUCCCCAUCUUACCUCUGCCUACAGAGGCCGAGGUCACCAUACAAUAAAGCUGAAAGAUAAUUCAAGAUCAAAAAAAGGUUUCUGUGGGAAAGGAGAUGUGGCAUUCCUUCUCCUGUCAAAGUGUAUUCUCUGCAGGAUGCGAACCCUGCCUGUAAGGCUCUGCUGUGGAAGUUUGUGCCUCUGAGUGGAGCUCAUUCCUGCUCACGGAAAGCCCCCAAAGCAGCAGGAACCAGUUUGCUUGCUUGCUGACACCCUAGAGAAGGUAAAGUGUCUGCAGGGCAGGGACGGUGUUCUGGUCAUUGAUGCAUCUCCUGUCCUUGGCACACGCAGACAUGUCUUGGAAUGCACCCUCAAACACAUCAUAACAUUGAAUGAAGGCGAGGGUUGGAUCCGACCAGUUUCUUAUGUGUGUCAUAUAACUGACCAGAAUGUCAUAUAACUUCUAGGUUUGCUCAGGCGUAGAUGUUACUCUGAACCUUUUCACUCAGCACUUUAUCAUGAAAUUUUUCAGACAUGCAGGAAAGUUUAAAACUCCGUGGACAUCUGCCACCUAGAAGCUGCAGUAACAUUCUACUGUAUUUGCUCUCUCAUAGAUACUGCUUUUAAUUAGACUGCAAACUCUGGUUUCUCUUCUCAGUCCUAAAAUAAUUGAGCAGCUAUAAGUGAGUAUUCUUAAGUUCUUGGGGUCACUUGCUAUAUUUGUAACUAGAAUGGUAGUUCUCAGUUUAAACUUUUGUGUAAAUAUUAGGUUGAAUUUUUGUCUUAUUUAUUUUGCCUGAAGGGAUAUUUUUGUAAUGCAUUUAUUUGAAAGCCCUUCAUCAGCUGUGUAGAAUAUUCUAAUGUUAUUUUCACACUUGAUAAAUUAGCCAAUUAAUUUCUUUGGUGAGAAUGUAAUUUUGGGCCCAUUUUGUUUAUAUAAGGUUCCAGCAGCUGAAGCAGCUGUGUAAUUUAGCAUAUAAAAUACUAAAUUAGGAACUAAGAGAUAAAUUUUACUCCUGAGUGACCAUGGGAAAGUCGGUUUUCUUUGUCUUUGAUGUUUUAUCCACUUGUGGGAGCUAGAAUUUGAAAUUUAGAUAUUAUUAUGUAAUGGAUAACAUUUAUUAAUGCUUCAAUCUAUGUUAGAAGCUACUUUCUGAAUUCAGACAGGCUUCUUACAGUUUACUGUAUGGGAGACUAUGGAAUGAAAAAUUUCAGUUUUUCUGACUUUUGAAAAAUUGAAACAUCCAUUGGUCAAAGUAUCUUAUCAGAAGACCUUCUGUUGCUCAGAAAUUAUAUUACCAUGGAAUUUGUAAGUAGACUUCAUUAUUUAUUUGGAUUCUGAAAAUAUAUGCUUUAUUAGAGAAAGCGGAUGUAAAGAUGAAUAUCAGGUGAUGGUAAUCAGAUGGAAAAAUUAAUGUUCAGUUAAAAGAAGGUUGUAUUGAAGGAACAGAUUUUUAAAAUUAUCCAGAUUCAGUGUGACCCACACUGGGGAAACCGGCUCCUGUUUUAGCUUUGCCGCAGGCCACCCCUGAGGCGGAGACAGUUGAACUGCAGGGUGGGCAGAGAGGGACAGGAAGUCAGAAGCUGGCUCUGUCUCCCUCUAAUAGAUAAGUGUGACCUGUGCCUUCUAACCAUGUGGUGAAUGUGAAUUCACAUUUAUCUCACAAAAGCAGCUGCAGUUUUUACUUUGUGUCUUAGUCUUUGCAAGGAUAUGACUAAAACAGUGUUCCUUGGAUGACAUCUUUUUGGACGUAAAUAUAGAAGAAAACACGCCAAACUGAUGUACCUUCUCCCUGCUGUCUAUUGUUAUUCCCUCGUCAGCCUGUAUAUUGCAAGAAUAUCUUUACAAAAAGAAUACUCUUGAUUAAAAUGAAAUAUCUAGUGAAAUACAAACAAUAUUCCAAGUGGUGUUUAAUAAAAUAACCAGACUGCUUUGA